AUGAGCAGUCAGAAAAAUCCCUCUGCCUCUUCUGGAAAUUCAUAUUCCGCUGAAGCCGCACCCUCUCCCUCAAACCCUAGAUCCGUGCCUAGUUCGCAGCAGCGACAGGCAUCACAACUGUCACAGAUGUCCAGCUACGAGUCUGGGGGUCCGUAUUCCGAGAGCGCCCAAUCUGCUGGAACUGUACGGCGCAUCAACAACUCUGGCACUGAAGGGAGCACUGAGGUCCCUAGCUCUCUUGAUUCAUUCACAUCUGCUCUAUCGAACAAUCCGUCCGAACACCAGCUGACCGCGCAGAACACGGAUCAUCUUACCACCGGCGGCACGGGUAGAUUAUCAAGGACAUCAUCCGCCGCUUCCUCACUUAGAGGGCGUUUUUCGUCAUCAGAUAAGAAGCCGCGAAGACCCUCAGCCACCCGUAGGGCCUCUACCCUAUUUCAACCUCAUAAAGGGCAGGAGUUCAGCGUGGAUGAUGAGACCGACGAGGUAGAAGUCGAUCUGGAGCAAAAACAACGUGGGCACGGAGGUACAGGAUAUACAGCGAUGAGACGGCACUCAAAUAUCUUACGACGAAGGGGUACACAACCUCUUCCUAAUGUCGACAGCACGGACGACGAGGGCGACAGUACUGAAACGGCGGGUCCCAUCGAGGAACAGAGCGGCGAAGAUGAAGAGGAGCAGCAAGAUGAUGGCGAGGAGGAGGGUACCGUUAGGGCGGAUGAUUAUGAACCUAGCGACGCCGGCAGUGUGGAAUCCUUUACAUUGAAAGACCGUCAAGAGGCCAUAAACGUCACACAUCCAUUCGGUAUUAGGAUAUGGAAACCUGCGCUUUACAAGAAAAACCGUUCGGUGCAGCGUACGGCAGAAGGAGACAUUCAUUCGGCUCCAGGAGGACGUGUCGGGGGCGCUUUGUUUCUGGUAAACAUCUUGUGGGUCGCACUGUUUGGGUGGUGGCUUUCCCUAGUAAUUUGCGUUGCUGCGGCGACCUGUUAUAUUUUCUUUUUUACCCUGAGCGCCAGGGAAUACGGCCGGGUCCUCCUUGGACUGGCUGCAUAUCUAUUUUAUCCUUUUGGGCAUUUUGUGGAACUUAAGCAAGACGACGCUUAUGCAGAAGAAGAUGAGGGCGAAGGAAGAAGCAUCAGCGAGUACGAACAGUGGCAGGCAGGUGACAUUGAGGAGGGGAGGACAUUCUUUGGACCUCAUACGCCCAGCAGAACACUGAUCGGGAGAAGAAGAGAGAGCCUUGAUUCGGUGGACGUCGAUUCGACUCUAGGAACUGGCGAAAGAACAGGACUUUUGAGCGGAGCGCCAGCAGACCGCGGAAAGAAAAGACGACUCUUUGGUCGUGGGGAGUGGAAUGUUGGUAGAGUCUUGUUCUUCGUCUGGUUCUAUUUUAUCAUUGCGCCACUUUUAAUUUUAGUUUCGGGUAUCUGCUGGUUGUUGGUAUUCACCAUCCCGAUGGCUAAGGUUACCUCCCUCUUGUUUGAUCACCUCCGCCGGCACCCUUUGGCGCUUUCGUUCCAUUCAGAUCAUACUUAUACCAGGAGGCCUGGAACCCCAUCGACUUCCAUCUUGCUGUGCACGUACCGUGCUGUCGGCUGGAAAUACUACAAGUAUACUAUAGAUGGGACCAAUAUCUUCUUUAUUAAUCUUAUGACCCUCGUGAUCUUCGUUAUUGCCGACCACUACGUCUUAAGGGGAAUGUUUGGAAUUAUUAACCCCCUGACUUCUCCUGCAACAGUAUUCACCCUAUCUUUAUUCUCCGUCAUUCCACUGGCGUACUUUAUCGGACAAGCUGUGGCUUCCAUCUCCGCUCAGUCAAGUAUGGGGAUGGGCGCAACUAUCAACGCAUUCUUCUCGACUAUAGUCGAAGUUUACCUAUACUGUGUUGCAUUGACUGAAGGGAAGGGUAGGUUGGUGGAGGGCAGUGUUGUAGGCAGCAUCCUGGUCGGUGUUGUUUUCAUGCCCGGAUUGAGUAUGUGCUCGGGCGCAAUCAAAAGAAAGACCCAACGUUUCAAUGCCAGAUCUGCCGGUGUUACCUCCACCAUGUUGCUUUUUGCAGUGAUUGGUGCUUUUGCCCCCACCCUUUUCUAUCAAAUUUAUGGAACAUACGAACUUAGUUGCCGUGCAUGUUCACCGCAUGUAGACAAAGCAGAAUGCCGUCGAUGCUCAUUUACCCAGACACCGCCCACUACGAACAAUGAUUUCUAUAGAGAUGUUGUUCAACCAUAUACGUACCUUUGCGCAGUAUUUCUUUUCAUUUCAUACAUCAUUGGAUUGUGGUUCACUUUGAGGACUCAUGCUGCUGUCAUCUGGACAGCACCUACAGUUCAGGCCCAAAUCCCACCCAGCCAUGCAGCUGUGGAUGCUGUCCGUGGAUCAUCACGUGGAAAUGAGGGAUCCUCUGCCGCUGAUGCCAGGAGUCCCAAUACUUUGAGGGACACUGGGCUAUAUAAGCGUAUCCUCGGGCAAACACAAAACAAUGUUGUCUUGAGAGGCGAGGCCGGUGGGCCCGGUCAAACUCUGCACAUGGUUCCACCAAGAUCUGCCAAUGAUGAGCUUCUGUCUUCUCCAGCUCCUGGUUAUGGCUCUAUAAGCGAUUCCAGGCAACCAAUACAGACAUCAGUCAACAUUCCAGGAUUGUCCCGUGAGGAGAAUGCACAAGUAUUCCGUGGGGUUGCAGAAAUGGCAGCUGUUGCAGCUACAGCUGCUGUCCAAGAUGUCCAGCGCCAUAGCGUAAGGAAGACUAGCGCAACGCCUAGACCUGCUUUGGUAUCCAUGCCUACUGUAGAGGAGGGAGUUCCCACUGCAGCACACGAUGCUGUGGGUGGACAUGAUGCCCCUAAUUGGAGUAAAGCGAAGAGUUCUAUCAUUCUUCUUGGAGCAACCGUCUUGUACGCCAUUAUCGCUGAGAUUUUGGUUGACACUGUCGAUGUUGUGUUGGAAAAUUUUGAGAUUGAUGAGAAGUUCUUGGGUAUCACGCUCUUUGCGCUUGUUCCAAAUACAACUGAGUUCCUGAACGCUAUUUCGUUUGCUAUGAAUGGGAACAUUGCACUCAGUAUGGAAAUUGGUUCUGCAUAUGCUUUACAAGUAUGUUUGCUGCAGAUUCCGGCGUUGGUCGCUUUCAGCGCGUUCUUUGCCAUGUCUCUGGAUCCGAAAGAACUCUUCAAUCAUACUUUCAGUUUGAUCUUUCCACAAUGGGAUUUGGUCACUGUUAUUCUUUGCGUAUUCCUGCUGUCGUACAUGUAUGGUGAAGGGAAGAGCAAUUAUUUCAAGGGUUCUAUUCUGAUUUUGAGUUAUCUUACUGUUAUGAUGGGCUUUUAUUUUAGCUCAUAUGCGCCGCAUUCUGAAUUAAUGGUUCUGGCAGUUGGGAACAAGGCAUUCUACGGCGAGAAUCCCUAUUAA